GGGUGAGUGAUUUCGUUUCCGGUCUUAAGGUCUGUGCGAUUUGCCAAGCAGAAGUCACUCGAAAAGGAUUAGCUAGCUUGCUAGCAGGGGGAAUCUCUUUAGAUGUUGGAAUUUGUGCCAAAUGAGCUACUUUGAACACCGCUGAUACAACAAGGUAUUUAAAUAGACAUUAUAAAUCGCUGAUAUAUAUAUCGAUGUUGUUUUAAACGGUACGUUGUAUAAAUUAACGUUGUCGCUAGCGUUACCUUUCUAUCUAUCGUAGUUGUAAACACUGGAAAACAACAUUAUUAGCCAACCGAGCUAGCGUGCUGUUUGACAGUCACCGUUAAUCUGGCCUCGUUUUCACGGCUCGUGCUCAAUCAUGGAUUUCAAGGCUGUUUUUACAUCUAGAGCAGCGACUGUCAUCCUUUUCUGCCUCCACGUUUCAGUAAAACACUGUUCUGUUAUUUUCCAAGCAGUACCCUUACAGUCAUUCCCUGUCAGAUUGUUUCAUUCCUGUCAAGCAGAGCUAUCUUGACAGUAACGUCUUGUUUUUUUUAUCAUGUUUUAUCAGCUUAAACAUCUGCUGUUGCUAUGGCAAUCCUGUUUGCUGUGGUGGCUCGUGGAACCACCAUCCUGGCAAAGCAUGCGUGGUGUGGAGGAAACUUCCUGGAGGUUACUGAACAGAUUUUGGCCAAAAUCCCAUCAGAAAAUAACAAAUUGACCUACAGCCAUGGAAGGUAUAUCUUACAUACACACACAGAUUAUAGGGUCGUAUCUAUGACCCCUUUAGGGUUAUAAAAAGGAACCCAUUCGUGCUGUGACAAUAUGGGUCAGCAAGCCCUCCAACAGUGCAAAAUGUGUAUGUACACUUGAUAUUUCCAAAGUCAAAAUAUGGCCUCAUAUAAAGAACAAUCUUAUGAUAACAGUUUCAGUACAUUCUUCUGCAACAAACACUUUAUCUGCAGGCUUAUUAAGAUGAAAGGGUUUUCCUGCCAAGAUUUACUAGUUUGCUCAGAUUAUAAGGGAUAUCUUUGUAUUAGUAUACGUAAUAAGCUCAACUUGACUUAAAGUUCAAACUGAAACAGUUGCCUUAAACCAUGAUGUUGUAUCACAUGCCACAAAGGCACAAGACAGUGUUUCCUGGUUCAAAAAUCUUAGCAGUAAAGACGUUACAGACUAUACCAGAGUCAUGUCAGAGUUCAAGUCUAACUGUUGCAUUUGACCUGUAGUAAAUACAUCUUCAGACAUGUACUUUACAUAACGUUGUAAACCUUCUCUUUCUCUCUCUUUUAGCUAUCUGUUUCAUUACAUCUGCCAUGACAGAAUCAUAUACCUGUGUAUCACGGAUGAUGUAAGUGUAAAAGUGGCUGAUUUUUUUUCUUAGUUCAUCUGUGUCAGCGUGACAGGAUCUUCUAUAAAUAGCAGAUGACUUUUUGAGACAUGACAAAUGAGACUACAGACAAUUGAAUUUCCCUUUGAGGAUAAAUAAAGUUAUUCUUAUUCUUAUUUUGAACUCUAUCUGCGGUAAAGGACUUUGAGAGGUCUCGGGCGUUCAGCUUCCUCAGUGAAGUUAAGAAGCGCUUCCAAACAACAUAUGGGUCCCGAGCACAAACAGCCCUGCCUUACGCCAUGAACAGUGAAUUUUCUUCGACACUGGCAGCUCAAAUGGUGAGUACAAGGCUCUGAAGCCUGUGUAUGUUUUAUAACUUCAACUCAAGGCUUAUAUGGCUCAGAUGCUACUUUCAUAAUCAUGACAUGCACUUAAAGCCUCUUCAUAUUUCUAUCUUUCACUUAUCUUUCUCCACUUUCACUUCUCUUUAUAGAAACACCACUCAGACCCACGAGGGUCAGAUCGGGUCACUGAGACUCAGAUGCAAGUGGAUGAUCUAAAAGGCAUCAUGGUCCGCAACAUAGGUUAGCUGACCAAGACUUCACUCGUGGUGCUCAGUAACGCUUGACUCAAUGACCUCUUUUAAAUACAGGGCUUUCAAACAAAGAUGCAACUUAUUGUCCAUGUAACUGGAUCAGGAAUAUGUGGAAUUAAAUGAUCGCAGUAUGUUGAUGCUCCAGCAGUUACCACCUCAUUAUUCUGUGACAUUUUUCAAAAUGGCAAAUAUUUCUGUCCAGUGUUUUUUUGUUUGUUUGUUUUUACCUCAGAAUAUCAAAAUUUAAUGUAAAGUGAAAAUAAAAAUCACAAAUGAAUAUUGUGAUAUUUGAGCUUUUGUAUCUCAGAAGUUCAUUGUAGUUUUUUUGUGUGUGUCCUCUGACAGACUUGGUCGCUCAAAGAGGAGAGAAACUGGAGCUACUGAUUGACAAGACGGAAAAUCUGGUUGAUUCUGUGAGUUUUAUCACCUAUAUAUCCAACUUCUCUGAUGAUGUAUGAUAUAAAGUAUACGUCGCAGUUGUCUGACGAUAUUGUAGCAAGCUUAUCCACAUUUAUUGUCUCAAUUGUAACUGUCAUGUCCUUUCCCUGUUCAGUCUGUCACAUUUAAGACCACAAGUCGUAACCUGGCACGAGCCAUGUGCAUGAAAAACCUCAAGCUUACCUUCCUCAUUGUGCUGGUGUGCCUGGUGAGUACAGAUAAAAAUGAGAAUUGUUUGAAUGUUUGUAAGUGGAGGGAUACAGUGCAGUGGUUGUUCAGCUAAUUUUGUCACUGAUUACUGGGCCUAUGUUGGGAAUAUGCCUUUUGUUAUAAAGACACUUUCAGACUUAAAAAAAAAUCUUCAAUCUGUAAUUUUGAGACAGCAUUUUACUCCACAUGCUUUGCUACAUAGAUGUUUGUUUUAAAACCUCCUCAGACAUUGACUAAAGGACUGUAUUCUCUGUGUGGCUCACUGGGUGAUUAAUGGCACCGUGUUAAAGGAAGUGAACUCUGUUUCUGUGCUCUACCCAGGUGGUCCUUUACAUUAUCGUCUCUGCUGCCUGUGGGGGUCUCAGCUGGCCCUCUUGUGUCAAGUAAUGAGAGCAGAGUCUGGUUAGAAAAAGAAGAGAUAAAGGAUUAAAGGAAGAGGAGGAGAAGCGUGUGUACAAAUCUGCCUGCCAAUGGAUCCAAAAGGAAACACGACUUUUCUUUCUUUACGUCUGCAGCUUUUACAUCCCCAGACACAUGCUGCUGCUCCUCCUCCUGCCUCCUCCUUAUCCCCCUCUUUGAUCGUGUGCACAUUGACUUGCCUUCUGGAAAGGGAGCCCCACCUCAUACCCACACGUAAUGGACAGCAGCCCUGUGGCCUAAAAACUGAUGUGGAAGAAUAAUCUUGUCUUGUACUAGUCUGGUACAUUUAUCCUGUCUCAUGCACUCAGUGGCCUGGUGUAUCAGUUUGUGAUACUGUACUGCACCCAAUUCUGUCAUUGACCUAUUAAGGCUAAUACCCGGAACCACAAAAAGAGAAAAUGUUGUUUUGUUACUGUCUUGCUUUUCAUUUGAUGUCAACAAACACAAAUAGAACUUGCAAGUUUAGCUAGAGUUGACAGCUUGUCGGUCCACAGAGAAGGACUCACAUGAUACCAUUUCUGCCUGUUAUUUAACAAAUUAAUUUUUGACUAAGCUGAUACAGCAUACAGUAUGUGUUGAUGGUGUCUCAUGAAUGAGAACUGAUUUCAUUAUUUUUAUCACCAAGCACAGAAAUAUAUUACAAAUGGAUGUUGUAAAAUACCAGAUAAUAAUAAUAAAUAUAGUGAAUCUGAUUCAUAUUACUGAUUCCAAACAUGUAACGGUGAAAUGAAGCCUGAUUAUUUAGAAAUUCUCUCUUUCACUUGCUAACUUUGAAGGAAGUAUUCCUAUCAAUUUACAUCCAAGGAGAUGUCAAGUGUGCCCAUGUGUUGUCUGUUAACACCAUGCACUUUUUUUACAUUGUACAUAUAUUUGCUUCCUUGCAUCAUAUGACUUAAAAUCAUGUAACUAUUUAAUUAUUGUACAUUAAGAUUUGAAAUAAUAAAAUUUGAUGGUAUCAAUUGGUCCCAUAUAUAAA